CGAGUCCCUGAGGACAGCGCACCAGCAAGAAUCAUCGCUAUUGCGCCCGUGUAUCGCACCAUCCCGGUCCUGUUACUCAAGCGUCCCACUGCCACAUCCAGUCGUCAUGUCACUCUACCUGUGAGCGAAUUACACCAACUAUAACUCUCACAAUCCGCACCACCAUACCUGGCACUUUCGUCCACAAGUGCUUGAUCUCCAUUUUCAUCCAACGGAAAGAUGGAUAACCCACAGAAGACCCCCAGCCGACCGAGUGGCAUUCCUCGCUUGGCCUCCAGAUUACCUCUACCGACGUCUGCCGCCAGUAAAUCCCUGCGUCCCUCCCCCUCACGCGAGAAGCUACAAACCGACCCAGGUCUCCAUGCCAGUCGUUUGAGCAGACCUUCUCAGGAGCCCGUCUUCAAAAAGCCCUUACCGAAAUAUACGGUGCCGAAAAAGCCCUUAGGUACGCAGCGACAAGACAGAGAUAUUUCUCAGACAAGGACAAGCGAUGCGGGGGUAACAGAACCCGAAGGGGCACCAAACAACAAAUCCCUUUAUCUGGAAGCCGACUAUGCACCGGCUCCAGCUCAUGAUGCAGAGCCCCGGGGUCGCACGCGACCAUCACUGUCCGAACGAACAAUCGAGACUCUUUCCCAGAUCCCUCCUUCCCCUAGACCGCAGAGCAGACAAUCUAGUAGUUUCUUCGGCGCUACUAGUCCCAUGCGCUCACCGUCUCGUCCGCCGUCUGCAAUGACAAGCUAUUCAAGGUCGCCGUCAAGGUCAUCUUCUCGCCAACCUAGUGGAAGCGACUAUCUGUCCCGUCCAUCCUCGUCCAUGCGUCUUCCGUCGAGGAGUGGUCCAUCGUUUUCUGCGAACAGUGCAGCAUCCGAUCAGAGCUCCAUUCCAAAUACAGAUAGUCCAUCGAAACUGAAACCACCCUCUACUAGGAUAACACCCUACGGCCGGAAAAGCGACGUGACAUCCGCUUCCAACCCUCGUCAAGCACCUACCAGGGUGUCUACGAGGCCCGCAGAACCUACUGUAGAUGCUCCGCAGGAACGCCUCGAAGUGAAGAAAACCCGAAAGAUCCAGCAGAGUCUCUCGGCCCAGCGGCCAUCCUUGAUGGGUUCACGGUCGCCAUCGGCAAAAUCCACUUCAUCAGAUCUUACUCCGGAACAGCAGACUGAGAUGGAAACAAGAAAGGUCUCGAAAUCAUCUAGCGCUCUGAGGGAAAGUAUCGCAAAGGCGAAAGCCGCGCGCAAGGCUGAGGCUCAGAAAGCCACGAAGCCGAUAAAUGUGGCCGAUGGGUUCAAUUUUGAUACGGACGAUCCGUUCAAUCAAGGUCCUAAAGAUCCAAACCAUGGACUUCUGCGAAAGCGCAUUGAUGCAGGCCGAACUUCCGGUCACUUGAAUAUCGCGGCUAUGUCUCUUAAAGAAUUGCCAAAAGAAGUCAUGACGAUGUACGACUUUGAUACCAAUUCCACCUCCGAUUGGUAUGAAAGUGUGGACCUUGUUAAGUUUAUCGCUGCGGAUAACGAAUUCACGGAGCUCCCCGAUGAUGCAUUUCCCGAUAUCGAUGCACACGAGCUAGACCCAGAAGUUGACGAAAGGGGAAAUCAAUUUGGCGGGCUCGAACUUUUAGACCUUCAUGGCAAUAUUCUGCAAUCGCUACCAAUAGGCCUCAGAAGGCUGGAACGGCUGCAUACCCUGAACCUAUCAAACAACAAUCUCAGUAUGGACGACAUUAAUGUUGUUAUGGACCUAGCAACUCUCAGGGAUCUGAGACUUGCCAAGAACAGGCUUCAAGGAGGCCUUACUCCGGAUAUCGGACGCCUCAGCAACCUAGAAGUACUGGACUUGCACGAGAACUCCUUGACAGAGCUUCCUGGAGAGCUUGCAAAAUUGACCUCCCUCCGAGUCUUGAAUGUGGGCAAUAACCAAAUAAGCACUUUACCAUUCGAAGAAUUGCACAUGCUCCCUCUGAAGGAGCUCCACGCCCCGAGAAACAAAUUGAAGGGAACUCUUUUGCCAGCUUCGGUGCAAAAGUUCGAGACAGUACAGAUCUUGGACGUAGCCAGCAAUGCCCUGGUGAGCCUCUCGGAGAGCGAAGGCCUCGAACUUCCCAAUUUGCAGACUUUAGCAAUUAACACGAACCGCAUCCAAUCUCUACCCGAUGUUUCAUCGUGGCAAGCUCUCCUGACCCUGUUAGCGGAAGAUAAUAGUUUAUCAGAACUUCCUCGCGGGUUCACUGACCUGAAAAAUAUCAGGAAUGUGGACUUCACUGGUAACGAUAUUUCAAGGCUGGACGAGAAGAUCGGCUUGAUGGAGAGUCUUGUCACCUUCCGCAUAGCCAAUAAUCCCCUGCGGGAGCGCAAAUUUUUGAGCAUGAACACGGAGGACCUGAAGCGCGAUUUGCGUAACCGAUGCGAACCGGAACCGCAAGAUACCGAUGACGAAGGUUCUGUUGCGACUCAGUUUACGUUGGCGCCAGAAACACCGGUCCAGACGGCCUCCUGGCAAAUCAAGUCUGGUGGUGUCGUCGACAGGUCCUACACCGAUCUGCGGGAUGUAGAAGUACAGGAGUUGGAACGCAUCGAUUUCCACGAAGUCCGAUGCCUCCAAUUACAACACAACGAGUUACAAUGCUUCCCUGUUCCAGCGCUCAGCAUGCUCGCAUCUAACCUAGCCGACCUGGAUCUUUCGAAUAACCCGCUCAAUACUGCAUCUCUCUUCUCUGGGACCCUUUCCCUUCCCUCUCUUCAGAAUCUCACCAUUACCGCCGCCGGCUUAAGUACACUUGAGCCGCUACUAAAUAGCCUUACUGCUCCAGGUCUCACCUACCUAGAUGUCUCAUCCAACCGCCUAUCCGGACCGCUUCCUGCCAUGCGCCGGAGCUACCCGAACCUGACUACAUUACUGGCUUCUGAUAACCGAAUCAGUAGUCUCGACUUUGAAGCUGUGCAGGGUCUACAGGUUCUAGACGUAGGAAACAACGAUAUUGGCGUCCUGCCGCCGAAGCUCGGCCUGUUAAGGGCCGAAGGGUCUAGCAAGAACUGGGGCAACGGCUCGCCCUUGCGACGCUUCGAAGUGGCAGGAAACAGUUUUCGGGUUCCGCGUUGGCAGGUGGUAGCCAAGGGGACCGAUGCGGUUCUCGAAUGGCUCAAAGAUCGUAUCUCUGAAGAUGAACUACGCGAGUGGGAAUCGGGCGACGAAUCGAACGAUGAGUAAAUCUGCAGCAUAAUGUGAGAUUAGGUACAACUAAGAUCGAGGAGAUCUGCUUGGGAGGACACUUGAUUUCGGCUUCUUGACUCAUGUAUAUUAUACCAUCUAAAGCGCACAUACAUACAAAGCAUUGGU